AUGCGGCCGCAUUUCUCGUUAGGACCCUUCCUCGGGGUGUUCCUGACCCUCGUCUUUGCCACCAUCGCUGCCAAAGGCCACACCGUCAUCGUUUACCCCGGAUGGAGAGAAAACAACUUGCAUAGCAAUGGAACGGUCGAUGAGACUAAUGGUGCCGGUGUUGCGAUCAGAGCGAACAGUUCAGAGCUUCUAUAUCCUUACGGAAUGCAAUGGAUCUAUCCAUGCGGCGGAACGGUCACCAGUACAAACCGGACCAAAUGGCCAGUCAACGGUGGUGCCCUCUCGUUCCAGCCUGGAUGGUUCCCCGGCCACAAAACCGCCCUCAUUUACGUAAACCUUGGAAUGGGGACAACACCAUUGAACAUGAGUCUUCCUAUGGUUCCUCCGUUCCAGAUCACCGGUCCUACCGUUGCGCCGUAUCCAGGAACGUUCUGUCUACCCCAGGUUCCACUACCUGCCAACAUCAGCGUCAAAGUAGGCGAUAAUGCUACUAUCCAGGUUGUUGAAGCAGCUCGCCACGGUGCCGUGCUCUACAAUUGUGUCGACAUCACCUUUGCUGAACCUGAAGACGUCGAGCCAGUCACAAGAGAUAACUGCUUCAACUCGACCAACAUCACUGCCAGCACCAUCUAUGCCAUCCCAGAUAAGCCAACCAACGCUGCUCAUACCACGGCAAUUUUCACCGCUCUCGGUGUGAUGCCACUUAUCCUCGCCGGAUACUACUUUAGCAUCAUGUUCUAA